CACCCACUAGUCUCACUGGCUUGCCUGGAGCUCUGACUCAUGAUUUAGUAUGGAUGACACAGUCCAACUGUCUACUGCUGGAGGCUACAGGACCACUUCAUUUGUGAGCUAUAGAGAAGCACAGUACAGAUGUCCUCUAUGGUAUAGGAUUGAUUAUAUUAAGACAGUGUGUGUCACAGUGCGUUGGAGUUGUGAACCUCUUUCUUAAAAUAAAUGAUAUUGUUUUUUUUACCUAGCAGCUUUUUUUGUGAAGACUGGCAGUACAGAGAAAUAUUACUACAUCUAAUGACCCACCGAUCCCCUGUUUGACCUUAAUAAUUUAUCGCCCUUACACCGCACUACAAUUCUCUUGCACAACGCAGCCCAAAAACAUCUUUCUCGAGCAAUUUGGGGGCAUGUAAUCAAACUUUUUUGACUGAAAAUCCACAGUCCAAAAAAUCCACAGCUUCAAAAUGAAGCACAACAAUAAACGAAAACAUCACAUAACUAUAUUUAAACCAAAGAUUUGCUUGUUUUAACGGGAAAAAGAGCCUUUGAGCUGUUAUUUAUUAUCAGCAAACACACGGUGUGAUUGAUAACUCAUGAAUGGGCGUCCUGUUAACUCAAACAACCUCAUAGACAUAAGUGUUUCAUUUAUAUACUGUUACAUAUAUACUUUGCUCAACAGGAAACUAGUUUGAUUCAGGUGUUCAUUCCUUAAAAUGUGCCGCGUGAUGCACUAGAUUCAUUCUUUUUCAUCAUUUUAAGAAAUCCUGCAUGCUGUAGUACCUUCGCGGCAAAAUUGUUAGCGCCUCAACACAACGUUGCAGACGUGCUCCUACGUGCACGGGGACAAAAUAUUUACAAUGACCAGCUGUCACACUUAAACCAAUGACCACUUCUUGCUUGAGCGACGUCUUACUGUUGGUGCUCAGUAAUAACAGUUCAGUGAUGACUGACAGAUGAUAGUAAACAUGCUUGAGUUGCAACAAAAGUCGCCAAAAAUAAACAGACACGGCCUCAAAGAGGAGAUUUAUGACUUUGCAGUUUUAGUAGUUUUACAGCAGAUUGCUUCUUGUUAUUCCAUAAACUAAGCCUAAAAUCCCUUCGCUGCAGCGACGGGGGGAUGGAGACAGGAUCAGACGUGUGAGAAAAGGGAUAAACCAAAAGAGGAAACGUAUUUCCCAACAGAUCAAUGGGCAUAAUCAUACUCUCGUCCCCUCCCUCCCCUCAGUUUAUUUUCUCCCUCGUCUUCCCUCUCUCUUUCCUUCUCUUGCUGAAUCCCCUCAUCUGGGGGCUCAGCUGUUUUCCCCUGCAGCUCGUCUCAUCCUGCACUCGAAUGUAGUUCAGUGUGUCAAGCACCACUGAAAUAUUAACACAGCAGCAAGCAGAAAUGCGUGCGAGCAUUCGUGGCUUAGUGCACCAUCGUGAUGUAAGGGAAUGCAUCCCUCUCUCCAGACGUGUACGUGUGCGAUCAUUUGGGUUAAGUGAACUAAAGAACAGAUGAAAGUUCAUUGCUCAACAGUUUUAAUAAAAAAAAUCAAUGCCACCAUGUUUUACUGUUGAGAGAAGCAUUAAGCAUAAUCAUACUAAGCGUAGCUGGUGCCAGGGGGACUCGCAGUGUUUGUGUAGCUUUAGGAUGUGCACGCCACUUUGACAGUUGACUUUAAGGUCUUAAGGGGUCUUCGAGUGUGACUUAGAGCAGCAGGAAGUGAACAGACAGGAUAAAUAAACCAAGACAAAUACUGCGGUGCUUCCUCGUCUCCUCCCCUCCCAAUUCCUUAUAAUCAGGAUGUAAAACACGAGCAAACACAGGAGGCAGAUGGGAUAAUUGUGUAGGCUUUUAAUGAGAUUUUGUCCCACAUGUAUAAAAUGGCCCAAAGGUAGCACAAGGACUACAUAAAACUAAAGAUUUGCAAAUGUAGAAGCAACAAUAUUUUGAAAGUGACCUAGAAAAAAAUAUUUCCUUUCCUGCUUUCAUCUUCAGUCUUCCCGAUCGCAGUCCAGAGACAUUUUAAUCAAAGGCAGUUCUAGCAGAUGAAUCAUUCCCUGACAUUUCGAAAAAGCCUGUGUAUGAUCAAAUUGUGGGGUUCCAUUCCCAGUAUUUCUGUGUGUUUGGCAGAGCGGGCAGCUUGUGAUCAAGUGCAGCUAAUCUUUGGUCAGGAAAGUGCUCCCUAUUUGAUGUCUUGGCCUAAAAGGCUUAAAUCCUCCCAUGUCCUCGGUCUGUUUUGGAAAUGGAGAUUUUUAGGAAGCCUUGAGUCAGGCCACUGGACAUUUCAGUGCUUUUUUUGUUUAUUUAGUGUGUUUGUGUGCGUUAGGCAGGAUUUCUUAUCAUAUUUUCAGUUUAUUUUGUGGUUUUACUGCAAUAUCUCUCGCAGACUAUUGUGCAUAUUAUAUAGCAUCCAUUUAUGUGAUUCAUGCGCUUGUUUGGUCUGGGGUUUUUUUUAGCUGAACUAAAUAAGCAUUGAGCCAUAUUGCUGCUUGCCUGAGCAUGGAAUUAGACUCUCCCUCUGGAUAUGAAGGACUGCCUUUAGUGUAACCCACUUAUUUUUGCUAUUACUUGUCUGAAUCCCUAAAGGAGUCCCAUUUUUGUGGAGUGGAAAAUGAAAUGGGUUAAUUCGUUUUUGGUAUGCAAAUGUGGGAUUGAAAAGAGGAGGCAAAAAAGGAUUGGGAAGAAUUUGGAAAUCCAGAGUGGCUCGGAGGAGAUCAAGCAAGUGACUGAAUAAGUGAGACAGAUGCACGCACGAGCCUGUGUUGCACCGAAGCUCAGCAUUGGUUGAAGCUGCAGCAGAGCUCACACAGCAUCCUUCAUCCCCCCCAUCCCUCGUUCUUUGCUCUGCCUCCCUCACUCACUCACUCACUGUAUCUCGCCUGCUGACUGAGGUAUUUCUACAAGCACAGACUGGGACAGCCUUGACUCUUCUGCGUGAGGUUUGUGUGUAAAGUCUCCAGCUAUUCCUCUCCCUGGAUCCUUUUCCCAUGGACUCUGAUGCUCUCUGUGUGGGUGAGAAGUUGCGGAUGUGGAUGUCAGAGUAAUAUCAUGGACCAGAGGGGAGCAGGAGACAGUGAAGGAAACUGGGUCACUGGCAGGCUCUCCUGACUGAUGCCUGUUUGGACCUGGAGGGAUGGGGUGCACCACCAGCGCGGUUGUGUUUGAUGGGCUGCGUACUGUCCUGGAGAGGAACUGUAGUGGCUACAUCUGCAAGGAAGCAGCAGAGCCCACUGGACCGUCUGAGGCUGAGCGAGCACUGAGUCGGAGAGAGUCGCGUGUAUUGCCAACACCACGAAUACUUAAGGUAAAACCAAAGGUGAUCGAGCCGCUCGAUUAUGAAAAUGUGCUGGUGCAGAGGAAGACGCAGAUCCUUAGCGAUGUCCUCAGAGACAUGCUGCAGUUCCCCCUUGAGGACUUUGAGAUUUCAACUUUGAGGAGGCAAGGGAGAACCCUGUACCCCACAGUGCCUGAAAAUGCAGAGAGGGAGGCCCAGAGUCUGUUCGUCCAAGAGUGCAUUAAGACCUACAAGUCAGACUGGCAUGUGGUCAACUACAAGUAUGAGGACUAUUCAGGGGACUUCCGACAGCUUCCAAAUAAAGUGUCCAGGCCUGAUAAAUUGGCUGUCCAUGUAUUUGAAGUGGAUGAAGAUGUCGACAAAGAUGAGGACACAGCCUCCUUAGGCUCCCAGAAAGGUGGAAUCACUAAACAGGGUUGGCUGUAUAAAGGAAACAUGAACAGUGCUAUCAGUGUCACCAUGAGGUCAUUCAAGAGGAGAUAUUUCCACCUGACUCAACUUGGAGAUGGUUCUUAUAACUUAAACUUCUACAAGGAUGAGAAGAUCUCCAAAGAGCCCAAAGGAACUAUUUUCUUGGACUCCUGUAUGGGUGUGAUUCAGAACAACAAGGUUCGAAGGUUUGCUUUCGAGCUUAAGAUGCAGGAUAAGAGCACCUACCUGCUGGCUGCAGACAGCGAGGCGGAGAUGGAGGAAUGGAUCAACACACUCAAUAAGAUCUUGCACAGUAGCUUUGAAAUCGCCAUGCAGGAGAAGAGAAAUGGAGACAUUCACGAUGAUGAUGAUCUUGGAAAGUCAGACAGCUCCUCUGGCAGUAUGGACAGCUUUCAGAGCACAAGAGAUAUAGAGUCUAGGAUGAAGAAUGAAACCAGGCUGAAGCUGUUCACGCUGGAUCCGGACACACAGAAACUCGAUUUCUCAGGAAUAGAGCCAGACGUGAAGCAGUUUGAGGAGAAGUUUGGCAAGCGUGUGCUGGUGAACUGCAACGACCUCUCGUUUAAUUUGCAAAGCUGCGUGGCCGAGAACGAGGAAGGGCCAACAACAAACGUGGAGCCAUUCUACAUCACCCUGUCGCUGUUUGACAUCCAGAAUGGCAGAAAAAUCUCCUCUGAUUUCCACGUUGACCUAAACCACCCCUCUGUCAGGGGCAUGAUGCCCAAUAACAGCAGUCAGUAUAUGAACGGGGGAGGCGAUGGCCGACCCGACAGCCAGCGGUUGAUCCACGGGAUGCCAGAAGCAGCCAUGCAGUAUCCCAGACAGGGAGUGUUUUCGGUAACAUGCCCACACCCAGAUAUCUUCCUGGUGGCCCGCAUAGAGAAGGUGCUUCAGGGGGGUAUCAACCACUGUGCCGAGCCAUACAUGAAGAGUUCAGACUCCACCAAGGUGGCACAGAAGGUCCUGAAAAACGCCAAGCUGGCAUGCAACCGGUUAGGCCAGUACAGGAUGCCUUUUGCCUGGGGAGCAAGACCUUUGUUCAAAGAUGCUUCAGGGACUCUUGACAAAACUGCUCGCUUCUCCGCUCUAUACAGACAAGACAGCAACAAACUGUCCAACGACGAUAUGCUCAAGCUGCUGGCUGAUUUCAGGAAGCCGGAGAAGAUGGCCAAGCUGCCUGUAAUCCUAGGAAACCUCGAUGUUACCAUUGACAACGUAGCCCCAGACUUGUCAAAUUGUGUUACCUCAUCCUACAUCCCUGUGAAGCAGUUUGAUGUCAGCGAGAAGAGCAACAUCUUCUUUGAAGUGGAGGAGUUUGUGCCGUGCAUUGCCAAAUGUUCUCAGCCUUUCACCAUCUACAACAAUCACCUCUAUGUCUACCCGAAGCACUUGAAAUACGACAGCCAAAAGUCAUUUGCGAAGGCUAGAAACAUAGCUGUCUGCAUCGAGUUCAGGGACUCGGAUGAGGAAGAGGCUGUUGCACUUAAGUGCAUCUACGGCCGGCCUGGAGGACCCUUGUUUACCAAAAAUGCCUUUGCCUCAGUGUUACAUCACCAGCAAAAUCCUGAAUUCUACGAUGAAUUUAAGAUUGAGUUGCCAACCCAGCUCCACGAGAAGCAUCAUCUUCUCUUCACCUUCUAUCACGUCAGCUGCGAUAGCAACAGCAAGGCCAGCACCAAAAAGAGAGAGCAGGUUGAGAUGCAAGUUGGUUACGCCUGGCUCCCAUUGCUGAAGGACGGUCGGGUGAUCAUGAAUGAGAGUCAGAUCCCGGUUGCCGCCAACCUACCAGCCGGAUACCUCAGCUGUCAGGAGGGUGCCAGCAAGCAUUUGGGUCCUGAAGUGAAAUGGGUGGAUGGAGGAAAACCGUUAUUCAAAGUUUCCACCCACCUUGUGUCCACUGUCUACACUCAGGAUCAGCAUUUGCACAAUUUUUUCCAUUACUGUCAAACCAUUGCAUCAGGCGCCCAGGCGUCAGGAGGAGAGCUGGUCAAAUACCUGAAGAGUCUGCAUGCCAUGGAGAGUCACGUGAUGAUCAAGUUCCUGCCCACCAUCCUCAAUCAGCUGUUCAGGGUGCUAACCAGUGCCACCCAGGAAGACGUGGCAGUCAACGUCACCAGAGUCAUGAUUCACGUUGUGGCGCAGUGCCACGAGGAAGGUUUGGAGCACUACCUUAGAUCUUACGUGAAGUAUGUCUUCAAGACUGAGCCAUACACAUCCUCCACCACCCGAACGGUGCACGAGGAGUUGGCUAAAGCCAUGACUGCAAUCCUGAAGCCUUCCACUGACUUCCUCACAAGUAACAAGCUGCUCAAGUACUCCUGGUAUUUCUUCGAAGCCUUAGUCAAAUCCAUGGCUCAGUACUUGAUUGAGAGCUGUAAAGUAAAGCUGUCCAGGAACCAGCGCUUCUCUGCAUCGUUCCAUCACACUGCGGAGACCUUGGUCAACAUGAUCAUGCCACACAUCACGCAGAAAUACAAGGACAACCUAGAUGCUGCCCGGAAUGCCAACCACAGCUUGGCAGUCUUCAUCAAGCGUUGUUUCAACCUGAUGGACAGAGGCUUUGUGUUCAAGCAGAUCAACAACUAUAUCAACUGUUUUGUGCCUGGAGACCCAAAGACUCUGUUUGAGUUCAAGUUUGAGUUCCUGCGAGUCGUGUGCAACCACGAGCACUUCGUCCCUUUAAACCUGCCCAUGCCGUUUGGAAAGGGACGGAUUUUGAGAUUUCAAGCCUCAUUACCUCCAUGUAAUACUGUGGAGUCAUGUGACACUCCAGUAGACCUCCAGCUGGAUUACUCGCUGACGGAUGACUUCUGCAAGAAUCACUUCCUGGUUGGACUGCUGCUCAGGGAAGCCAGCGCAGCUCUGCAGGAGUUCAGGGAGAUUCGUCAGAUUGCCAUCCAAGUGCUGAAGAGCCUCAUGAUGAAGCAUGCAUUUGACGAUCGCUACACCUCAAAAAGCCAGCAGGCCAGGUUAGUCACCCUGUACUUGCCCUUGUUUGGUCUGCUCCAAGAAAACGUCAACAGGCUAAAUGUGAAGGAAGUGUCGCCGUUCACCGUCAACCACUGCACCAGUAAUGGAAGAGAUGAUUCUCUCCAUACCAACACUUUGAUGACACCUCCGAGGUCGAGCACCUUUCUGGACACCGGCUUCCACAAAGAUGUUUUUGGAGCCAUCUCUGGCACCGCUUCACCUCAUGCGGCGUCCACCCCCAACAUUAACUCUGUGCGCCACGCCGACUCUCGUGGAUCGCUCAUCAGCACUGAUUCUGGGAACAGCCUGCCUGAGAGGAACAAUGACAAGGGCAGUUCCCUUGACAAGAACCAACCUGCCUCGACUCUGGGAAGCCCGCUGUUGCGAUGUGAUAAACUGGACCAGGCAGAGAUCAAGAGCCUCCUCAUGUGUUUCUUACAUGUGCUCAAAAGCAUGUCCGAGGAUGCUCUGUUCACAUACUGGAACAAGGCAUCAUCUUCUGACCUGAUGGACUUCUUCACUUUAGUCGAAGUGUGCCUCCAUCAGUUCAGAUACAUGGGAAAGAGAUACAUUGCAAGGAACCAGGAUGGGGCAGGACCUGUUGCACAUGAGCGGAAGUCUCAGACUCUUCCUGUGUCCCGUAACAGGGCGGGAAUGAUGCAUGCCCGCUUACAGCAGCUCAGCAGCCUGGAUAACUCAUACACAUUUAACCACACCUACAGUCACUCGGAUGCUGACGUGUUAAAUCAGUCACUGCUGGAGACCAACAUUGCCACUGAAGUCUGCCUGACCGUCCUGGACACACUCAGCAUCUUCAUCAUGAGUUUUAAGACACAGUUGUGUGCUGAUCACGGCCACAGUCCACUGAUGAAGAAGGUGUUUGAUGUCCACCUCUGCUUCCUGCGGAUCAAUCAGUCAGAAACGGCCCUCAAGCAGGUCUUCACUUCACUGCGCACCUUCAUUUACAAGUUCCCGUGCACGUUUUUUGAAGGGCGUGCAGACAUGUGUGCUGCUUUCUGCUAUGAGAUUUUGAAAUGUUGCAACUCCAAGCUGAGCUCCAUUCGCAGCGACGCAGCCCAUCUGCUCUAUUUUCUCAUGAAGAGCAACUUUGACUACACUGGUCGCAAGUCCUUCGUCCGGACACAUUUACAGGUUGUGAUUGCUGUCAGUCAGCUGAUAGCAGAUGUCAUUGGUAUAGGAAGUACUCGCUUCCAGCAGUCUCUGUCAAUAAUCAACAACUGUGCUAACAGUGAUAAAACUAUCAAGAACACAGCUUUCCCAUCGGAUGUGAAAGACCUGACUAAACGCAUCAGAACAGUGUUGAUGGCCACAGCACAGAUGAAGGAGCAUGAGAGAGAUCCAGAGAUGCUGGUGGACCUGCAGUACAGUCUCGCAAAGUCUUAUGCCAGCACACCUGAGCUGCGCAAGACCUGGCUUGACAGCAUGGCCCGAAUCCAUGUGAAGAAUGGAGACCUGUCUGAGGCAGCCAUGUGCUAUGUUCACGUUGCAGCACUCGUGGCAGAAUACCUGCGGAGAAAAGGCAUGUUCAAGCAGGGCUGCUCGGCAUUUCGUGUUGUGACUCCAAACAUCGACGAAGAAGCCGCAAUGAUGGAGGACGUCGGAAUGCAAGACGUCCACUUUAAUGAAGACGUCUUAAUGGAGCUUCUGGAGGAGUGCGCAGAUGGGCUGUGGAAAGCGGAGCGUUACGAGCUCAUCUCUGACAUCUACAAGCUCAUUAUCCCCAUUUAUGAGAAGCGGAGGGACUUUGAGAAACUGGCUCACCUGUAUGACACGCUGCAUCGAGCGUACAGCAAGGUGACGGAGGUCAUGCAUACUGGGAAGAGGAUGCUGGGCACGUACUUCAGAGUGGCUUUCUUUGGCCAGGCAGCGCAGUACCAGUUUACUGACUCAGAGGCUGAGGGCUUCUUUGAAGAUGAAGAUGGGAAGGAGUAUAUCUACAAAGAACCCAAAUUCACGCCUCUUUCAGAGAUUUCUCAGCGGCUCCUCAAGUUAUACUCUGAUAAGUUUGGUCAGGAGAAUGUGAAGAUGAUUCAGGACUCUGGGCGGAUCAACCCCAAGGACCUGGACUCAAAGUACGCAUACAUCCAAGUGACACAUGUGACUCCAUACCUGGAGGAGAAGGAGCUGGUCGACAGGAAAACGGACUUUGAAAAGAGCCACAACAUCCGUCGAUUUGUUUUUGAGAUGCCUUUCACCAUUUCGGGCAAAAAGCAAGGCGGUGUGGAGGAGCAGUGCAAACGCAGGACUAUACUUACCACCACUCAUUGCUUUCCGUAUGUAAAGAAACGGAUCGCGGUGAUGUAUCAACACCAUACUGAUCUGAGCCCCAUCGAGGUUGCCAUCGACGAGAUGAGCAAGAAGGUGGCUGAGAUCAAACAGCUGUGCUCCUCCAGCGAGGUGGACAUGAUCCGUCUGCAGCUCAAACUGCAGGGCAGCAUCAGCGUCCAGGUAAAUGCAGGACCUCUUGCGUAUGCCAGAGCUUUUCUCGAUGAUACAUGUGCCAAGAAAUAUCCUGAUAACAAGGUCAAACAGUUGAAAGAGGUCUUCAGGCAUUUUGUGGAUGCGUGUGGCCACGGUUUGGGCAUUAAUGAACGACUGAUCAAAGAAGACCAGCAGGAGUACCACGAUGAGAUGAAGGCCAACUACAGAGAACUAGCCAGAGAGCUGUCCAUCAUCAUGCACGAACAAAUCAUUCCAGUGGAGGAUGGCAUGAAAAGCGUUCUCCCAGACUCGCUUCACAUCUUUAAUGCCAUCAGUGGCACACCAACCAGUGCCACCAUCCAGGGCAUUCCCAGCUCAUCCUCUGUGGUUUGAUGUCAGCCUGGGUGAAACUCAGAGCUGCCAACGCAGGCAUGCCAGUGAUGCCAUAUUAUCACUCCAGAACUUAAUCCUGCUUCUCAGCCUAGAGAGAAACUGAUGGGAAAAACAGACAAGUCUCAUUUUUCUAAUUUCUGUCUGGCCACCGAAGACCAAUAUGAGCAAGGCACUGGACCUGUUUAACAUGGAUAAGGGAGCAUGGUGGCUGUGUGAUGGAGGUGGGGGGAAGACAAAGAUGAGACUCUUUGCAGCAGAGAUGACAGGACACGGACUUUGUUCCUCCUUUAUGAUGACGUGAUGCUUGAUAAGACAUAACCUGUCUUGUCUUUACGUGUUUCUACCUGAAAAGACUGAGCAGUGUUUUCUUUAAAAACAUUCCUGUUGGGAUUUUUUUAAUAUGCAUGUCACUACAUUACGCCUACACUCUCCCAACAGUCCAUUUUUGUUUAUUUUGAUAAUGUUUCAUAAUGUUUUUUAUGGACAAUAUUUCACUUUUAUAAGCGACUGUAUUGAUGUCUUGAUUAAUGGUAUAUGCUGCAUACAUCAGUGCUCCUCUCCCUGUACAUGAAGGUAUAUUUCUAGAAAAAUGCAAUUUUGGAAUAAGGGCCUGCUACGAUGUAACAUUAGCAUUCAACCUUAAAUCACUUUGAUGUCUUAGAAUGGGAGAGUUUUAAAGUAUUUAAAGCCAUUGCAUACAAAAAAGGUAUAUUCAAAGUUGUGUAUUAAUGUGUAUAUAAAACAAGGAGUGUGUGCAAUAUUUGCAAAGUAUCAUGCUGUGUGCGGCUCAUACACUGUAAAGAUUACGUUCACCUUCUUGCCAAAGUGAUGAGGUGUGGGGAAAGGACGCCUACUGUGCAAGUAAUAUGAAAAUUUUAUCAUUUUAUGUUCCAGAAAUUGUCUUUUAUUUGGGCAGAAAUGUUUUUUUUAAACUUUAUUUAACACAAGUCACUGUUCUGCUGUAAACAAAGACGUUCCCUAAUGCUUUUAAAUAAAAUACACUCAUUUCUCUGCAUUUGCAUCCAUAGGUCCUUAUUUGUUUUACUUCAUUUUGUGGUAUUCUCGCACUUGGCUCACUUGUGAAAUAAGUGGGAAAUAAACCUUAUUAUUCUCAGAGAUCAUUGCUGACUCCCUAGCUCCCAUAUCUCAUGUUCCCACCCAUCAUAAAAAUAAUACAGUCGGCAGUGUGAAAAGCUGAUCAAGGGUUAAUAAAAAGCAAUAUCACAGGAAACAUUCCCACUCCCACUAGUGAACAGAGAAAGAUAAAUGAUCUGCUCCCUGCAGGAAGCUUAAAGGGAUUUUAUGCUAUAGCAGAAAGCAGGUGAUAGCUUCACAUCAUGGCAGGUAAGACUAAAAGAAAUGCAUUAUUAUGUACUCUUUCAUUUUAAUUCACAGAACACAAAUAUUCUGCUGCACAACAUGAAAAUGUGCAAAGAGGGAGAAGUUAACAGAAAGAAAACAAGUUCCAUGUUCUUAACUUAAAAACUUACAGAAUGAAGAGUUCUGGAGUUUAACAGGUGAAUGCACCUGUCAGGACAAAGAUCCCAAACAUAUUAGGAUCUCAGAUUUAUUUAUUAAUGCAAUUUGCACUACUGUCUUACACAGUUUCAGUCUUAUUUUUACAGUUUUUCUUUUCUUUGUUUUUUUUUCUAUCACCGUUGUGUACCUAUAUUUACCAGGUGCCAGUAACACCUUUUUUGUUAACUGCACUGUUUUUUUUAAUAGACUGUACCAUUUUUUAUUCUUUAUCCUGCUACUGUAACACAACAAUAUUCUUUGUGGGACCAAUAAAUUAUCUAUCUACAUA